AAAAUACUCGAAGAAAUGGAAGAUUUUUUAAGUGGCAUUAACCCUUUCGAAAAACAAAUCCUUGAAAAGUACGUCACUCAAUGCACAGGCUUGCAUUUCUACGUUACAGCAUGGACUUACUUAACAUCAAUUUCCUUCAUCAUCAUGCCUUUAUUCGUUUCACAAAGUUUUCCAACUGAUGCUGUGUACCCUUUUCCGUUAGAUAAUGUUUAUAUUAAUGCGUUGGUUUAUGCUCAUCAGUCACUUGUUGGCCUUCAAACUUCAGCUGCUGUUUUGCUCGAUUGUCUUGUGGCCAUGUUGAUAUGGUUUGUGUGCGCUAGGUUUGAGAUAAUGGCUUUAACAAUUGGAGACUGCAAAAAUUUCAAGGAUUUGAGGUGUUAUUUCGACAGAUACCACUCGUUACUGAGGGGAAAAAAUGAAGGACCGAGACUAAUUUCGCCCAGUGACAAUCCAACCAAGACAGCCAUCACCAUGAUAUUGGUUAUUGCAACAACAACAUUAUCUGUUCUGGUUGUGUUGAUGCCAACAUUACUUUAUUAG